UCCUUUUACACAUUGCACAAGGGUAAUGUGAAAAAAAGUAAAAUAAAAUUUCAGUUUGAGAAAAUAUCUGUAAGCAUAAUCAUUCACAUUGUGCAGUACUUUCCAUUCAGUGUGAGAAAGAUUCAAAAGGAAAAUAAAUAAAUAAAACAAAGAUGGAAUUUCCAUUUCGAUUUUUCAUCGUUGCGUACGGUUUAUUAUCGAAUUUUCUUUAAAAUUACUGUACAGAAACGAAGAACUGUACAAAUGUUCGAUUCUCGAUUGUCUGAUGCUGAAAGGGAGCCAGAUUAGCUAACGUUUCAGAAAAAAAAAAAUUAAAAUUAAAUUUCGUUCAUAUUGUGAGUGAAAACCGAGGAGGUUCAUCAAACAGAAAAGGACAAUUAAAAGUGAACCACUGAAAAAUAGUGUUAUGCGACAUUUUUAUUUGUGUGUUGUUAUUAUUGUAACAAACAAAAAAAUCUGUGACAUAUGUGAGACAAAUGUGUGUGCAUGAUCCUGUCGGUUAUUUUGUCCAUGUUAACACGACAUUACGAAAAUGAUGAACGUUUUGUUUCAUUGUUUUGGCAUAUCCAUUUUGGUUGAAUGUCGAUCAAUGAUUUGAAAGACAAAAAAACAAGUUGUUUUCUUUCGAAACCAGCAAACACUAAAGAACUUUUGAUGCUAUCGUCAACUUGAAACAUCCAUCGACCAUUUGAACAAUUUACAUACAAUCCUUUGUGGUUGUUUGAAUUUAUUUUUUUCCUAUUUUCGUUCUUGUUACAAUCCCAAUCUGCCACUUCAAAACGAAAAAUGGUAUUUAUCGCUGGUGUGGAUAAUUACAUAAAUGUACCUAUGGAGGCGACUACAUUUCUAGGUGCUGUAUUAGGAUUUAUUGCUCUCUUACUGGUACUGUUUCUGUACAUACAACGAAAAUGGUGUUUCAGUUCGAAUCGUGGCUUUCCGUGUUGCGACGAAAACACAUUAACAUCAAAUUACAUUCAUAAAAUGGCUCGUCACCAUCCAUACGAGCCAAAUACUAGUUCAGAUUCGGAGGAAGAAAUUUUGCGUCGCAUUCGUAUGCAACAGUCGCAUGGUUCACAUGGCAGUCAACUAUUUCAAUAUGGUUCGGGGCCACUACACCAAAAUUCUAACGCUCUGCAGCAGGUAACUGUGGCGCCUAACGAAUCGUUCAACGAUCCUCUGGGAAUAGCUGAACGUGGCAAAGUUGGAAUGCCACCGUCGAGUAGUGAGAGUAGUUCCAAUAGCUCGGUGGAAGCAUCCGUAGAAAGCAAUACAGGUUUAAUGAAUGGAAAGAAGAAAGAUAGGAGACUAGUAACAGCGGGUAGAUCAUUCGAUUCAAAUUCGACUUCAACAACUUUACGCGAAACAAGAAUUGACAAUCGAAUCGAACGUAGCUCCAGUACACGUUCUAGCAAAUAUAACAAACUACCUCCCAGGCAUCAGGAUAGUCUAGACGAUGUUCCAGAUUUGAGUAAUAACAACCAAGAUUGUAUCGUUGUGCUGUCGCAAGAACCUCUUUUCGACAUCAGCGACCUGAAAUCAUUGAAAUCUGAAAUAGAUCCGAGUCGACCUCAGUCACCUGGUAUAGGUCGUUAUGGCAGUGUUGAAAUUUCAUUGUUAUAUGAUGCUCCGAUGAGAAAAAUGACCGUGCAUGUGCUGCAGGCAAAGGGAAUUCCAUCGAGAGACGAAGGUCAACAAACUCAUACUCAAGUACGACUGCUGAUGCUACCAAGCAAGAAACAAAAGCACAAAACAAAAAUACGCACAGGAGAAAAUCCACAGUUUAUUGAGAGUUUUUUAUUGCAUCGAGUCAAUCCAGAAGAAGUGAAUUCGAUGGGAUUGAGAGUUCGAGUGUAUGGCUGUGAACGAAUGAGAAGGGAACGUCUCAUUGGAGAGUCUAUUGUAAGCUUUGCGACGAUCGAUUUAGAUCUAGAAACAAAUUUAUGGUUGCCGCUGGAGCCUAGAGCCAAUUCCACGCUGAACGGAUCGACAAGUGAUUUACUCAGCUUAGCCCGAUCAGACAGUACCGGUUCAACAACAUCGAUGCAACACGGCGGUGUUCCCGAACUAUUGCUUGGCUUGGCGUAUAACGGUACAACGGGUCGACUAACUGUUGAAGUGGUCAAAGGAAGUCAUUUUCGCAAUUUGCAAUUAAACAAAGCGCCUGACACGUACGUUAAGCUUUGUUUAGUCAGCAGUAUGGGUCAAGAAAUGGCGCGUGCUAAAACAUCAACGAGACGAGGACAACCGAAUCCACUGUUUAAGGAGACGUUUGUGUUUCAGGUCGCUCUAUUCCAACUGAACGACGUAACACUCAUGGUGUCCAUUUAUGCGAAACGUAAUAUGAAACGCAAUGAAAUGGUCGGUUGGUUCAGUUUGGGCUUAAAUUCAUCGGGACCGGAAGAAAUUGCUCAUUGGGGUGAUAUGCGAGAGACAACGCGUGGAGAGCUAUUGGCACGAUGGCACGUUCUAGUUGAUUCUUGAUUUCAAUAGCUAGGACUCUCACCCCGGCGAUCCAGCUUGAGCAGUCACCAAUCGGACAUGUCUGGUAAAAGUAAACGUAGGUCUAAGCAGAAACGUAGUAAUACGAUUGCUGUCGAUGUUCUGGAACCGGGAUAUGAGUUCAAUUUUGUGUAAAAGCUUUAAAACAUGAUUUUUUUAUUAACCAUUUAGGUUUAAGCUGUGAGAGGUAUUUUUUAGACGAGUAACGGGGGCUUUUAUACACAUUGUUUUUUAUAACGUAAGUAGCGAGAAUUCCAUUUGAUUUUAUUGUAGCAUUUUGACUUUGAUAUCUAUUUGUUGGAUUACAGGGAAUGCAAAACCAAUUUUUUACAAUUUCGGAUGCCACUUUCGUUAAAAGUAUGACAAAGUAUGUCUCGCAAUAUUAGACAUUUGUUCAGACCCCCCAUCCUUCCUCUAUCCUAUCACAGUCCAAUGUGACAGAAUUCGGUAUCUUCUGUGCCUUCUCCGAAAUAUUCAGUAAAAAGUCAAUAAAAUUCAAAAAAUUGUGUGUUUCGAUGGUAUAAUUUGUAUGAAGUGUAUGACGUAGGGGUUAACUCUUCUACUUUCCACAUUUUGAUUAAAUUGCAUUGGUAACGUCCUAUAAUUCACCAAGGCUUCAUAAUUUGGGUAGUUGCAGUGUAUUUAGUAGCUUCACCAAUUGACUCGUAUGACAUAACCCGAAUACUACGAAUUUGUGUGCAUAUGUAUUUAGCCUACAUUUAGGCGACACAUCGACAGUAUCUGACGUUCUUCCGAGAGUUUUUGCAUACUUCGAGGUGUGGUUCGGAGACCAUAUUGGGUCCUGACUGAACUUGUUAUGCCGUGAAAGGCUGUUAGUGAGGUCUCUAAUCAAACAAACAAACAGUAGGCUAUGGUGGACUCAAGUAAUGACAAAAACAUUCGUAGUGAUCAAUCCAGGCCCGGACUCGCCAUACUGAGCAUUUCCCGAAAGACCGCAGGCUGUGUAGCUCAAAAUUUCACAAAUCAAUUUCAUGAGUUGCUGCACUGCAUUGCCCGAGCGGCCGUUGGGGUGCCAGUUCGGCUCUGGGUAAAUCAAGACAAGUCAGUUGCUUCGUGACGCGCUAAUUACCCAUGCAUUUGUAUAUCGCUCAACCUCUUUAAUAAAUGAAAAAAAAAGUUUUGAUGAGUUUUAACAAUUAGGAGGUUUAGAUCCGAUUGUAAAACCAAAUUUCGAUCAGUUUUUGCAUUCUCUCGUUGGUUAUCGUAGUGAUAGGAUUUUUAAAUUUUAAUUUUAAGAAGAACAAAACCAAAUAAAAAACAACGUCGCUGUUCUAAUGCACCAUGAGGACCAUGAGUCAAAACGUUUUCUAUCAUACGUUUUAUCACUGGUGCAAAGGGCGUAUAAAAUCUCCAAAAGGUGUGCAACCAAUACCAAAUAUUAAGAAAGAAAACUACAACAAUUUAUAAGUCAAAGCCAAAUGAUAAAAUUAAGAAAAAAGAACAAAAAAUCUGAAAAGUUUAUUAUACAGUAACAAUCGUUUGAUGUAAACAUUAAGCUGAACCUUCCGUUUGGGAACGAAUGAAAUUGAUAAUGAAAAUUAUGGAAAGCUUUAGCAGAAAUGAAAA